GGCACCAUAGUCAUUUACCCGCAGGCUCCUAACGAUCACAGUUCAUCCGUUCAAUACAAUAUUCCAUUUUUAAAACCAUUUCCGUGCAACCUUUUUAUGCCCGAGACAGUAGGAGGACAAGAGAGCGAGCGCGACCAAUAAAUUCCUAAUUUUUCGCACUUUUCCGCCCCGGGAUUCCCCCACCUCUUGUUCCAAUCGAUUGGUGGGCGUCCUCGUUCUUGUCUUCCGGAUUGAAUCCGUGGGAAGCCAGAGAUAAUUCUCUCUCCGCUGCGAAUUUUUUUGGUGGUUCGAGUUCUUGAUUUGUUUGCGAGGAAGCCACCAUGAGCGCCGGAAGCGCCAGUUUCCUCGAGAUCCAGCCCUCGGAGCUGGCAUUUCCCUUUGAAUUGAUGAAGCAGAGCUCGUGCUCCAUGCAACUCACAAAUAAGACCGACCAUUAUGUAGCAUUCAAGGUCAAAACUACCAACCCAAAGCAGUACUGUGUGCGCCCUAAUAUUGGCGUUGUACUUCCUGGGUCGACUUGUGAUGUUACAGUUACAAUGCAAGCGCAGAGGGAAGCACCUCCUGAUCUGCAGUGUAAGGACAAGUUCCUAGUUCAAAGUGUUGCAGCUGAGAAUGGCGCAGAAACUCAAGAUAUUAGUGCAGCAAUGUUCAACAAAGAGCCAGGGAAGGUUGUUGAUGAAUGCAAGCUGCGUGUAAUUUAUGUGCCAACAUCUUCACCUAGCCCGUUCUCUGAAGAAUCAGAACAAGGGAGUUCUGCUCGUUCAUUGGAAAAUGGGACCCCUAAUUCUACAUUGCCACAAUCUGUAUUUAGAUCAUCUGGUGAAGCAUCAAAGGAGAAGUCCUCGGAGGCAACAUCCAUGAUUUCCAAGCUAACUGAGGAGAAAAUGUCUGCUGUUCAGCAAAACCAGAAGUUGAGACAAGAGCUGGAUGUCCUACGCAAAGAGAGCAGCAAAAGCAACGGCGGUUUCUCAAUCACCUUCUUGAUCGUGGUUGGUAUUCUGGGCAUCAUCGCUGGUUUCAUCCUCAAGAAGACAUAGGAGAAGAGUAGUCCCCAACAAGGUUACAUUCCCAGGAAAGGAUGGAUACCAACAACAUCCCUUGUGUUUUUACUCCUAAAAGGAGCGCCUGUUCUAUUCUAACUUGUAACGGCUUAGAAGCUUUGGUUUGUGUACAUUACAUGGUGGUUUUCAUGAUUUUAAUCACAUCGAGUAGACUUGUUUUAAUUAUAAUUCUUAUUAACAGCUGCAAGUUAUGUCACGUUCGCCAUUCUAUUCUAACUCCUUUAAUUCA